AAAUACGUAACAGUUGCAACUUUUAUUUGUGUCCCGCUUUUGGAGCGUCGUUUACUUAAAUUAGCUUCAUUAGCUUCGUUAUUUUCUCUCGCAAAUAGCUUAUUUAACUUAUAACGUUACAUGUUUCUGGUUUGCAUCGCAGCUUGUUAUUUAGUUAGGACAAAAACGUUGGUUUAAUCUGAACCUACAAUGGCGAGCCGCCUUUCUUUUCACUCUCAGCUGUCGUCCAUCAUGGACACCAUGGCUAAGUCUGUCCUGACUCAGGUCUCCAAACUAGUGGACGAGGACUCGGCGGAGCUGCGUAUGGAGGUCUACCGGCUUCUGGUUGCAAAUUCGGCAUUGGCAGAAAAAGUAAACAACCUGGAGUGUGAGCUGACAAUUGUAAGAAGUGAUACACCAAAGGUGUGUAAAGGUUAUCGAAGUGUCGGUGUCCAAACUGCCUGCUCCAGAGACGAAGACGCUUCAGAUGUUUCCGGUUCGCCUACAAUAAAGGAGAUCUUUGGAAAAGAUUGGUGUAUAAAUCUGUGGAAAGAUAGAGAUCCUUACAGUCUGCAAACAGGACCAGACUCACCCAUGUCCCCUAAGAAGUCAGCAGAGAUGCACUCAGACCAAAUCACAGCUCCUGAAAUCAAAGUGAAUGGAUGCACGCAAAGCACCGCUACCUGCUCCCCACAGGAAAGAACAAAAGCAGAACAUGAAAGCAUGGCUGAGGAGUCGGGGCAGCUGCCUGGAGACCACUCGGUUAGCGGCAACAGCACACGUAGCGUGCCAUUCGAUCAGGGUGGAGAGAACCUGGCAGAAAGUACAGAAGAACCGGCUCUUCAGUUGAUAUCUAUCGGUGAUACCGACGAGGCCUUCAGCUGUCACAUCAUUCCAGUUGAAGAGGACGAGGAUGAUGAUGUCCAGUUUGUUCAAGAAAGCCAACACGAGUCGGCACAAAACGCUGCUGCUGGGCCCAGCCAAGACAAACAGCAGACAUCAUCAACGAGCUGCACUGACCCUACAGAUUCCUGUGAGGACCUCAGUGUGCCUCAUCCACAGAGCAGCAUGGUGACGAACACCGACACGUUUUCAUGUCAGAUAUGUAGCAGGACUUUCUUUCAUAAAGGAACUCUGACACGUCACAUGAAGUCACACAAGUCAAACUUCUGCAGCAUCUGCAAGCAGAAUUUUCCUCACAGGAAAAAGUUGAACUCGCACAGAUGUGUGCCUCCAGUUACCUCAAAGAGUCUCAGUAGGUCGUGUGAGUUGUGUGGCAAGACGUUCGCCAACCCGUCAGCUCUGAGGAUUCACUAUGUCGUCCACACAGGAGAGAAACCUUACAGGUGCGGUUUGUGUGGGAAAUGGUUUACCCAGAAAGGAAAUCUUAAAUGUCACAUGCGCAUCCAUACCGGCGAGAGGCCGUUCCGCUGUGUCAAAUGUGGGAAGAACUUCACGCAAAAGGUGAACCUCAGUCAUCAUUUGAUGGCACAUUUAAAGCAGGAUGCUGCUGGAGAGCCGCCUGUGGACCGGAAACAAGUUAAAGACUUGAAAGCAGACAGCAGGAAGUGUCUGCUGGUUGCACAGGAUCCCUGUCUCCGUUAGAGCGCAUCAUCCUAACUUUUACCUUCAGUGUAAAGUAAGUUAACGUGGAGUUUGAAGUGGUUUGUGGUCUGUAGGACGAAUUCCUAAAACAGUUUAGUUAAACGAGCAUGUUUGGUGCAGUGUUGUCUAAUAAAGCACAGCUGUGAACAUU